GCUAGUAUAGCUUUCCCAUCUCACCAAUCCACGCUUUGUCCACAGACAUACGUCCUCCGCGCGCGCCCGUUAGUUACCCACACCACACCGGCCUCCUCGUCCCUGACCCUGCCCGCCUUUCCCUCUGCUCGCGGCAAGAUCCACAUGCAGUAGUAGCCUUGUAGGAGCUGGCUUUGCUGUGUUGUUUCGGCUUUCAAAUCAGGAACAACGACAGAUCCGAGGCUUUCUCGAAUCGGGCAGGUCUAUCAAAUCGCAAGUUUGGCAGCCCAGGCAGCUACCCAUCAAAUCAAAGGGGACCAAAAGGACAUCCCUGGCUCCUGGCUCCUCUCCUGCUAGUCGUAUAAAAUUUCUCUUUCCACACCGCUCUCUACCUUCCUAGCUUCCUCGAUCUCUCGCUCCAGCAAGCUUCGUUUCGAUCCAUUCCUUACCCUAGCUAGAUCGUGUAAGGCGCGAGACGCCACACGCACUUUUAAGGAGCACUCCUUGUGGAUCGACAGCUUCGGCGCGUCAGGUGGGAUCGAGCUGCUACAUUCGGUUGGUGGAAAUCAUGAUGUCGUCUUCGUCCUCGUCGUCGGCCGCCUUCCCGCUGGACCACCUCGCGCCGUCCCCCACCGAGCAGCUCUGCUACGUGCACUGCAACUGCUGCGACACCAUCCUCGCUGUCGGCGUGCCGUGCAGCAGUCUGUUCAAGACGGUGACCGUGCGCUGCGGCCACUGCGCCAACCUGCUCUCCGUCAACCUCCGGGGCCUCCUGCUCCCGCCCGCGGCGCCUCCGGUCAACCAGCUCAACUUCGGCAACUCCUUGCUCUCCCCCACAUCCCCCCAUGGCCUCUUGGACGAGUUCGCGCUCCAGACGCCGAGCCUACUGCUGGAGCAGGCGAGCGCCAACCUGAGCGGUGCCACGGGCCGCAGCAACAGUAGCUGCGCCAGCAACCUGCCGGCUGCGCUGAUGCCAGCAGCGAACACCGUGCAGCAGGAGCCCGAGCUACCGAAGAGCGCCCCUUCGGUGAACAGGCCUCCGGAGAAGCGGCAGAGGGUCCCGUCGGCGUACAACCGGUUUAUCAAGGACGAGAUCCAGCGCAUCAAGGCCGGCAACCCGGACAUCACCCACCGGGAGGCGUUCAGCGCAGCCGCAAAGAAUUGGGCCCAUUUCCCGCACAUCCAUUUCGGCCUCAUGCCGGAUCAGGGCCUCAAGAAGACCUUCAAGCCUCAGGAUGGCGCUGAAGACAUGCUUCUCAAGGAUGGUCUCUAUGCCGCGGCAGCCGCCGCCGCAGCAGCUGCAGCAGCCAACAUGGGCGUCACUCCGUUCUAGCUAGUCAUGCAUGCUCUCCGUCAGCCUCCAAGUUCUUGGCACGCAAUGCCCGUCGCCCUUUUGUGUGCCGCGCUCUAGGGUUUCGCCUCAGAUCUUGAUCUCAAUAUCGCGUGUCGUUUAGCUAGAGUACUUUUCAGUUUGGGGGUAGAAAUAAUGGAGAAUCGAGUUACAGUACCUAGGUUUCUUAUGAUCCUCUAGGAGUCUAGGUACAGACUUGUCUUCUCUCUGUUUCCAUCUCCUUUUGUUCUUUUUGCUGUUUUUUCCGUUCUUGUUUUUGUUCCUGGACCUCUUACUCCCUUUCACCUGUAGAGAAGUCGUUGUGUUUCCUGCCUGAA